AUGACCGUCAACCCCUCUCUUCGCACUGUUGACCAGUUCACCCAGCUCGUCUUUGACUUUGUCGUCAUUGGCGGCGGCACAGCUGGACUAGCGGUGGCAGCGCGUCUCGCUGAAUCCGACCCGUCAUACACCGUCGGCGUUAUCGAAGCAGGCGGUCUUGUGCAGAAUGAUCCUGAUAUUGACAUCCCGGGCCACUAUGGGAGGAAUCUUGGAGGGAGCUACGAUUGGCACUUGGAGACGCUGCCUCAGGAGGGUCUCGGGGGUAGAACGCUUCCGUGGCCGAGGGGCAAGUGUGUCGGCGGCACAAGCGCCCUGAACUACAUGGCAUGGAAUCGCGCUAGCAGGGAUGACUACGAUGCCUGGGAAGCUCUGGGUAAUCAAGGUUGGGGCUGGGAUUCCCUCCUGCCCUUCUUCAAACGCUCUGAGACAUUCCAUCCUCCCAGUGAGAAGCUCCAGCGCGAGUUUGAGAUUGCCCACGAUGCAGAGACCUUUGGUGAUUCAGGUCCCAUUCACAUCUCAUACCCAACCUCGUAUUCACCAUCGCACGCGUUAUGGCACAAGACGCUUAAUGCGCUUGGUGUAGAGACUAACCCAUCCCACGUCGGAGGCUCAAACGUCGGCGUUUGGACAUGCGUCAACGCCGUUGAGCCGAGCGCCGCGCGAAGAUCCUACUCGAUAGACUACGCCACUGGAUCGCGGAACCUGCACAUCCUUACCAACGCCACAGUCGACGAGAUUAUCAUUAACCAGGCCCUCGUAGCCACUGGUGUGCGGUUCACCCACGGUGGCGUCGAGUAUGAUGUUUCAGCUCGACGCGAGGUUAUCCUCUCAGCCGGUAGUGUCAAGUCACCGCAGAUCCUUGAGCUUUCGGGCAUAGGAAAUCCCAGCGUACUAAGUAAUGCUGGUGUAAGCGUCAAGGUUGAGAGCCCGCAGGUGGGGGAGAAUCUGCAGGAGCAUAUUAUGCUUGCGACGAUCUUUGAGGUUGAUCCAUCGCUCGCUAAUCGGGAUGAUCUUGUGAGAGAUGAGAAGCUUAGUGCUGCUGCGAAAAAGGAGUACGCUACCAAGGCAGAUGGGCCUUUGACUGUGUUGCCUGUUUCUCUUUGCUACGUCCCUUUCGCUCAUUCCAUUUCGAAGAAUGCUGUCGCUAGUCUUUAUGAAGAUGCAGACAAGGUAUCUGUGUUUGACUCGGACAAACAGGAUAUUCUUCGUGAACGAUUGGAUGGAAACUCCAAGCUUGGCCAGAUAGAGUAUAUCUUUGACUUGGGUAACUGGAACCCAAAUUUCAAGGGUGAAGAGGGUAAGAAGUACGGUACUAUGCUGCAGAUCUUGCAAUAUCCCUUCAGUGUUGGGUCAAUUCACAUUCGGCCGAGUGAGCACGCUACAGCUGAAGACUCACCCGCCAUCGAUCCAAAGUACUACGAGGGUCCUCACGGAAACCUUGACAUGGAAGCUAUGAAGCAAUGUCUCCAGUUCGUCGAUAAGAUCGUACACACAGCUCCCCUCUCAAACAUAAUCCGAUCCUCAGCAUCCCCUUCCGCAGCAGCUCUCAAGGAUGAUAAGCUGCUAGGAGACUGGAUCACGCAAAACACUAUCACUGACUGGCAUCCUGUCGGAACAUGCGCCAUGGGCGGUCGUGCUGGUAUUGAAGGUGGCGUCGUUGAUGAAAGACUUCGAGUCUAUGGUGUCCACGGCCUGAGAGUUGUUGACGCAAGUGUUAUGCCGCUGCAGAUCAGUGCGCAUAUUCAAGCUACUGUUUAUGCUAUUGCUGAGAAGGCGGCGCAUAUGAUUGUUGAGGAUGUGAGGAGUGCGGAUAGGGAGGCUAGAGAGUUGGUGAUGAAGCAAGCUAGACUUUAG